UCAGAUACAUAUUGAACGCGUUAAAGACAGAGGACACCUUUGUCGACCCGAUAGCUCGGCUCAUAUCGCAUCUUUUCUCCCGUUAUUAUCCCCUUCUGUGCAUUGUUUCUCUUAAAUCUCGUAAUAAUACCGGACAACCCCCCAGGUUUGCCUGCUUGUCCCCGCUGGUUCUGCGUUACUGUGGACUCCUCGACGCGGGGCUUUGCGGGAACAAACUGCACAUUUUCUUCCUGAAAGUUGACCAGGAAACGUAAUUUAACGGACGUGUCUACGUGUGAAAAACAGGUAUUUACGGAGGGGGGCAUUUGUGACUCAUGCCCCAAAUGAGAAGCGGACGAGGUAACAAUAAAGGUAUAAUUAUUAUCACUGGCUCAACAUGGCUGCUUCCCUGGCGGUGGGGAUAAAAGUUUAGCCCAGAUGUGGGAGAAGUUUGAUACGAAUGGUUUCCUCUGGCAUUCGAGUUACUGGCUAAACGAAACUUGUCACCAGUCUCUUCCAACCUGGUGCGAUUCUACCGCUAGAGAGCUGGCCCCUAACACCGCUCUGUGGACUGAGAGCUGGCCCCUGACACCGCUCCGUGGACUGAGAGCUGGCCCCUGACAUCGCUCCGUUGACCGAGAACUGGCCCCUUACACCGCUCCGUGGACCGAGCGCUGCCCCCUGGCACCGCUCCGUGCACCGAGAGCUGGCCCCUGACACCGCACCGCUCCGUGGACCGAGAGCUGGCCCCUGGCACCGCUCCGUGGACCGAGAGCUGGCCCCUGACACCGCACCGCUCCGUGGACCGAGAGCUGGCCCCUGACACCGCUCCGUGGACCGAGAGCUGGCCCCUGAGAGCGGGCCCCAGACAACGCGCCGCUCCGUGGACCGAGAGCUGGCCCCUGAGAGCGGGCCCCAGACAACGCGCCGCUCCGUGGACCGUGAGCUGGCCCCUGACCCCACACCCCUCCGUGCACCCCACACCGCUCCGUGGACGGUGACUGCAGUGGCCCCGGUGACGGUGGAGAGUAGCCCGGAGCCAACGGGGCUGUGAAGGACUCACUGCGUCGAUCCUGGUCGUCUAAAAUGCAUUUCUCUAUACCUGAGACAGAAGUUCGUUCGGGGGAUAAUGGAUCAACCUUUGUGGCCUACAACAUCCACGUCAAUGGAGUACUGCACUGUCGGCUACGCUACAGCCAACUCCUGGGCCUCCACGAACAGAUCAAGAAGGAGUACGGGACCAACGUGGUGCCUUCCUUUCCCCCCAAGAAGAUCUUCACGCUCACCCCGGGCGAGGUGGAGCAGAGACGGGAGCAUCUGGAGAAGUACAUGCAGGCCGUGCGUCAGGACCCCUUGCUGGGAUCCAGUGAGCUGUUGAACUGCUUCUUGAGGAAAGCACAGCAGGAGACCCAGCAGAUCCCCACAGAGGAGGUGACCCUGGAGGUGGGGCUGUCCAACGGGCAGAAGGUGACCGUCAGCAUCCUGACCUCGGACCAGACGGAGGACGUGCUGGAGGCAGUAGCGUCGAAGCUGGACCUCCCCGACGACCUGGUGGGCUACUUCAGCCUCUUCCUCGUGCGUGAGAGCGUGGACGGCGGCCUCACAUUUGUGCGGAAGCUGCAGGAGUUCGAGCUGCCCUACGUCUCAAUCACCAGCCUGAGGAGCACCGAGUUUCAUAUACUGCUGAGGAAAAGCUACUGGGACAUGGCGUACGACGUGGACGUGAUGGAGAACCGUGUGGGCCUCAACCUCCUGUACACUCAGACGGUGUCUGACAUUGAGCGGGGCUGGAUACUCGUCAACAAGGACCAUCACCGGCAGCUCAAGUCCCUGCAGGAGAAGGGCUCCAAAAAGGAGUUCAUCCGUCUGGGCCAGACCCUGAAGUACUACGGCUACACCAAGUUCGACCCGUGCGUGACGGACUUCCCGGAGCAGGGCUGCCACGUUAUGGUGAGCGCGGGGAACAACGAGCUCAACUUCCACGUCAAGCUGCCCAGCGAGCAGAUGAAGGAGGGCAGCUUCAAGGUCACCCGCAUGAGGUGCUGGAGGGUCACCUCCUCGCAGGUCCCGGUGGCCAACGGCAGUGCGGGCCCCUGCGGAUCGGCCAAGCUGGACGUGAAGCUGGAGCUGGCCUUCGAGUACCUGAUGAGCAAGGACCGGCUUCAGUGGGUCACCAUCACCAGCCCCCAGGCCAUCAUGAUGAGCAUCUGCCUUCAGUCCAUGGUGGACGAGUUGAUGGUGAAGAAGUCUGGAGGAAGCCUCAAGAAGAUGCUAAGGAAGAGGCACAAUGGCUCAAUCCACCGGUCCGACAGUCAGCAUGCUGUGAAAUCCCCCCCUCUACUGGAAUCCCCUGACCCCAACCGGGAACAAGUGGUCAAACUCUCUACCAAGCUGAGCUCCGUAUCGCUACGCGGCAUCAGCGCCUCCAACUCGGCCAAUGACGUCAGCGGCAACGAUUUCCACGGCAACUAUGCGUUCGAGGGCAUCGGGGACGAUGACCUGUGAGCCCCGCCCCCCCUCGACCCCGCCCUCCCCGACCAGCCGACCCCGAUCAACCGGGGGUGAAGGAGGGAGAGAGAGAGAGAGAGAGAGAGAGAGAGAGAGAGAGAGG